CAACCUAUUCAUCUGUUUCUUUCAUCUCUGUCUCUCUAUUUGUUUGUUAUGUGUGUAUAGAGGUGAUCGAUCGGGAUGGCGACGGGGAAAGCUCGCAGCAGUAGACGAUCCUCCUCACCAACUUCUUAUUCAUCAACAACCAUAACGGUCGUCUUUGUAGCCUUAUCUAUGUUGUUGAUAUGGCUCCUCUUCUCCAAUUCUUUCUCUGCCCCUCAAUCUAUUUCUCAAUCUGCUACAAAAACUCUCUCAAAGAUUACCUCAAUUUCACAUUCCCAUCCCUCAAAACCUUCAAUAGAUGAAGUCCACCCUGUUCAUGAAGACAUCCAAGGCGAACUACUUCACGACAGCACUGUGAAAUCCGAUGAUCUCAUGAAUAAGCUUGAGGAUGCUCAAGCUAAUGAUCAGGCUCAUGACCAAAAGGAUGCAUCUUCUGAUCAUGAUACAAUCUUAGCUGAUAAAGAUACUUCCACUGAAAAGGUUGAUGAAGCAAUGGAUGAGCGUAAUAAAGACGAGCAAGAAGCGAAACAGGAGAACGAUGUGUCAAAGACUGAUAUCAAUGAUGCUACAACUCAAGCAAAUCUCAAUGAUCAGAUCUCAACUCUAGAUAAGGACACAAAAGAGUUGCCCGUGGAAGAACAAGCUCUUAAGGAUCAAGUCUUUGAAGAAAGCUCAAUGACUCAUAAAGAAGAAGUUGAGCAAAUCACAAAAGAAAAUCAACAAGUUGAGACACAACCAAUUAAAAAUAUUGAUCAGGAGAGCAAUGGAACACAAAGUUCUGAGGAGACACAAGUUGGAAAAAACCCACAAGCUGGUAAUGCAAAUAUCACACAAGAUCAAAUAACGAAUGAAGAUCAAGAACAACGAGUAAAAGAUCAACAUCAACAGCAAGAAGAUGGCCAAAUUCAGAAAGAAAAUCCAGAAGGGCAAUUGAAAGAUCCCCAGGGGGCAACAAGUGAUGACCAAGUCCACCAGGAUGAGACACCUGUAAAUUCAUUUGAAGAUGUCCAUACUUCCCAGAAAAUCGAUGAGAAUAAUGAGCAAGUAAAAGAUCAAGAAACUUCUACGGAUGGGGAAAGAAACAUGACAUCCUUAAACCAACAGAUGAAUAAGGAGACAUCAUCCAAGAAAAAUGGUGAGGCUUCAUUUCCGAAUGGAGAGAGCACUGAGACACCAAAAGAAUCAAACCAAUUAAAAGAGUCAUGGUCUACUCAAGUAGACCAUUCUGAGAACCAAAAGGAAAGACGAAAAGAUCAUGCAUUGAAGAAUAAAGAUAGAAGCACUGAUGGGUAUACUUGGCACUUGUGCAAUGUAACAACAGGCACAGACUACAUACCCUGUCUGGACAAUGAGAAAUUAAUAGCAAAAAUAUACAACAGGAAGCACUACGAGCAUCGCGAAAGACAUUGUCCUGAGGAGCCUCCUACUUGCUUGGUUCCACUGCCGAGAGGGUACAAGAGACCAAUUGAUUGGCCUCAAAGUAGAGAUAAGAUAUGGUACCAUAAUGUUCCACACACAUUGCUGGCAGAAGUCAAAGGACACCAGAAUUGGGUAAAAGUGAGUGGGGAGUUCAUCACUUUCCCUGGUGGGGGAACUCAAUUUGUUCAUGGAGCAUUGCAUUACAUUGAUUUUAUACAAGAGGCAGUGCCAGAUAUUGCAUGGGGAAAACGAAGUCGAGUAGUAUUGGAUGUGGGCUGUGGAGUUGCCAGCUUUGGGGGUUAUCUCUUUGAGAGAGAUGUUCUUACAAUGUCUUUUGCCCCAAAAGACGAACAUGAGGCUCAAGUCCAAUUCGCCUUGGAAAGGGGUAUACCAGCAAUAUCUGCAGUCAUGGGUUCUCAGAGGUUGCAGUUUCCUAGUAAAGUAUUCGACGUGGUGCAUUGUGCACGUUGUCGAGUCCCUUGGCAUGCAGAUGGUGGUGCUCUGCUUUUGGAGUUAAACAGACUACUGAAGCCAGGAGGUUACUUUGUGUGGUCAGCAACCCCAGUGUAUCAAAAACUUGAAGAAGAUGUAAAGAUAUGGAAAGAAAUGACGGACCUAACAGUGGCCAUGUGUUGGGAGCUAGUCACAAUCAAGAAAGAUAGGUUGAAUUCUAUUGGUGUUGCUGUCUAUCAUAAACCAGACUCCAAUGACUGCUACGAGCAAAGAAAGAAAAAUUAUCCUCCAAUGUGCAAAAACGAUGAUGAUCCUGAUGCUGCAUGGUACAUACCGUUGCAGUCAUGUAUGCACAGGGUACCACUUCAAGAAAAUGAGAGAGGCUCCCAAUGGCCAGAAGAGUGGCCUAAGCGAUUGCAGAGACCACCUUACUGGCUUAACAGAUCGCAUAAGGGAAUUUACGGUAAACCAGCUCCAGAUGAUUUCACAGCAGACUAUAAACUUUGGAAAACAGUGGUUAGCAAGUCAUAUAUGAGCGGUCUGGGAAUCAGCUGGUCCAAUGUAAGAAAUGUCAUGGACAUGAGAUCAGUCUAUGGAGGGUUUGCCGCAGCAUUGAAGGACCUGAAAAUAUGGGUUAUGAAUGUGGUGAACAUAGAUUCUCCGGACACUCUUCCCAUAAUCUACGAAAGAGGACUUUUCGGGAUAUAUCAUGACUGGUGUGAAUCAUUCAGCACAUAUCCUAGAACAUAUGAUCUCUUACAUGCAGACCAUCUCUUCUCAAGAUUGAAAAAAAGGUGUAAACUUGUAUCGGUUAUGGCGGAGGUGGAUAGAAUAGUUAGACCGGGAGGCAAGUUGAUUGUGCGCGACGAGUCCAACACAAUUGGAGAAGUAGAGAAGUUGUUGAAGUCUCUGCAUUGGGAGAUCUUCUCAAACAUCUCCAAGAAGCAAGAAAGGAUACUAAGUGCUCAGAAAUCUGAAUGGAGACCACAUUCUUAUGCAGCCCCAUCUUGAUUAUGAUUACGAUUAUGAAAAAUGAAGUUAUUUCAUUCAACAUUCACUACUUAAUUAUUUUUAUAUUGACAACUCUUUUCUUGUAAUCCUUGCACU